CAACUCGAGACCAGUAUAAAAAGAAGGACGCUUCAAAAAGGGGGCCAGAGACUGUUCUUCCCAGUAGUUUAACAGCAGAAAGUGAAAUGAUUCGGGCGGUAAUUUUGAUUUGCGUCAUCGCAGCUGCGUCUUCCGCACCAACGAGUUACACGAUUAAUGUGGACGGACCAGAAGGCCGUCACGUUCAAAUGGGAGAGCCCGGCAAAUCCGUCUCGGGUUAUUACACUUCGCGGAGUUUAGACGGUUUGAUGGAAUACAAGACGACGUACGAAGCGGACGAGAAAGGCUAUCGUGCCACAGGAGAUCAUUUGCCCGUCCCGUCCGUCCCUGUUUUUCGAUCGCUGGAAACCGCCCCCGGUUAUGUUUUUAAAUACGACGCUCCCGGAAGUCACAGCCACUACAUGAUGGGAGAGCCGGGCAAAUCCGUCCAAGGAUCUUUCACUUAUACUGAUAGCGAAGGAAGAUCUCGGCGAGUUGACUACGAAGCCGAUGAAAAUGGCUACCGCGUUAAACCCACCCAAGAAGAGGAAAAACCGAUUGAAAUCAGUAGCCAAAGUGAUGCUGAAGUCGUUCAAGCUUCUGCUGUAGUUGCUGCCGUACCUAUUCAGGAGACUCCCGUCGCAUCGACUGCUGAAAUUGCGGCUGAACCUGUUCCCGCCUCUCAAACCGUUGCCGAACCCGCAGCUGAACCUGUUGCCGAACCCGUACCUGUAGCCGUCCAGUCGUCGGCCGUGGUUGAAAGUGAAGCGAAAUCCCGUUCGCCAGCAGUCUACGCUGUGCCCAUUUCUUUGUCCAGCGCGGCUUACUACAGACUUCCGGCCACAUUCGUCCACCCCGCCUAUAAUUACGGUGGCCCAUACGUUUACGGCUAUAACGUGGCUUAUCAUCCGACAGGAGGCAGUUACGUUUACGCGAUUUAAAUUCAACUCCAUUACGUCUCCCCCUUUCUUUCUUUACUUUUCUGAAUGUAAUCGAAUUCAUUUUCCCCUCGUCAUUUCCGACUGCCCAAUUGAUUUCGUCUUUUUAUUAUCUUCUU